CUCGGGGAUCCGACCAGAUCAAUUGUCGUGACUCCUUUGGAACGUGUUGGCGUAUCGAGAGACAAUAAGAAUGAGCAUGACGACAGGGUCGUCAUCGUGGUCUUUCUGUGAAGUCUCUCGUGUGUGUGUGUGUGUGUGUGUGUGCGUUUGGUCGUGGAAUCAGUGAAAGGGCUCACUCUCUGACGCUUGUAAGGAGAUACCAAAAAGGAGUCACUGUCCAUUGAUUCCCACGCUUUCUCGACCGCACCGUUGGCAUAUCCUUUGGAGCAGCUUCCUAUCCGAUUGUCCAGAACCUCACCACCACACAUUGAAACAAACGACACGGAACAAAAGACAACCCACAUCAUGUCCAUCAUGUUUGACUCUCCCCUCUGCGUACGACUCGCCGUACUGCUUUCGGUGUGUUUGAUCCAUCCUCACGGAGCCUUCCAGCCUAGUCUACUCCCACGACGACUGCAUCAAUCCAGAACGCUUCCUCCAACGACACUUCCGCCAGCGGGGUUACGUAUCCGUUCGCGAACACAUCCAUCUUGCUCCCUCAAUGCUGCGGAAAAGUACGACAAGGCGUCACCUUCCGGGACGGCCGACUUUGAGUUCCAAGAAAUGCGGGUCCAGUUGGACGCGCUCCAGAAACAGAAUUUGGUAUCACGGAAUAUGGAUCCGCGCGCCCGCGCCGAACUCGAACAUUACGUCCGUCAGGUAGCCCUGUACCGACCAUCUCCCGUGGAAGUACGUGAUAUUGGCCGGGCACUACCCCAGACGCGGUGGAAACUGGUCUUCGCCACCGACACGGCUACCCUGGGGGAUCUACCGGCCGAUGCCACCGUACUCUUGAACUUUGUGGAUCACGAACGCGUGGACUACAUACUGCAGUUUAGUGAGAAAACGUUCGGACUGAACAAUCUCAAGGCCAAGAGUACCUACACGGUCAAUCCCGGACCUGGUGGAGAUGAAGGUGUCGUGACCUUGGUCUACGACAAGAUUACCACGGAUGCCUUUGGUAUGAAAGACAUGGGUGUCGGAUUGUUUGGAAUGCUCCAAGGCCGGGCCAACUACAUCGUCUCGGCAUACUUCGACGGGACCUUUUGGGUAGAACGGGGACGGGGACGGGGACGUGUGGAAGGAACCGACUACUUGAGUGUCUAUGUUCGACAACCGGACGAGGAUCCGUGGUGA